AUGCCUAAACCAGCCAAGUCCGCUCCCGCACCCAAGAAGGGCUCUAAAAAAGCCGUGACCAAGACCCAGAAGAAGGAUGGGAAGAAGCGCAGAAAGAGCAGGAAGGAGAGCUAUGCCAUCUACAUGUACAAGGUGCUGAAACAGGUCCACCCCGACACCGGGGAAGCCUCCCGUCUGGCUCACUACAACAAGCGCUCCACCAUCACCUCCCGGGAGAUCCAGACCGCUGUACGGCUCUUACUGCCCGGAGAGCUGGCCAAACACGCCGUGUCUGAGGGCACCAAGGCAGUGACCAAGUACACCAGGGCCAAGUAA